AUGAACCUGGGGAAAUGUAUGAUCACUCGCGCGGAGCUAUAUGGAGUCUCACGAGGCCUGGAGUUCGCCUGGGAUGCCGGUCAUAGACGAGUAUCGAUCCAUUCCGACUCCCAUACGGUGGUGGCGCUUCUGACAGACACGAGCGAGGUGAGCAGCCAACACGCCGGGCUCAUUCUGGCUUAUCGAGCCCUACUUGCUCGGGAUUGGGAGGUUUCCAUUCAUCACAUCUAUAGGGAAGCCAACUUUUUUGCUGAUUGUAUUGCCCACAAGGGGCAUCUCUUGCCCCUUGGCACCCAUAACAUUUCUAUCUCCGACCUGGACGUCUGCCAUUGGGCAUUGUAUGACCUGAUGGGGGUUCCUCCUUUCGAUUGA